UGGCACUGCCUGUUAACUCGGUAUUUCCUUCUCUUUUACACCUGUCUGUUCGUCUCCAUGGUGUCAAGUCAUGGGGUUUAGGAGAGGAAACAGAACAACACCCUGUUUGGCAAUCAGAACAGUUGCAAUGAAUGUACUCAGCUUUCACAAACUUGCAACUUAAUGAAGCAAAUAAUUUAAAGCCUGAUAAAGAGUAAUUUCAAAAUGUGUACACAUAUGCAAAUGCAAUACUCUAAAGAAGUAAUUCACAAAAGUAAAUAAUUUUGCACUGUCAUUCAUGUUGAGAUGCAAGACAAAAGAUAAAGCUGAUCUAUUUGUUUGAUACAUUGCAAUGGAAAUGUAUCCCAGCACUGCUGUGAAAACAGGACCAUCAGUACAUGUGCUGGUCAGCAAAGCGCUAUCUGGAAAUCAGUGAUAAAGUUUAUUGCCUUGAUGAGCAAGUCUUCUGCCACCUGGGAUUCAGAUAAAAAAUCAUAUCCCUCUAUAUUAAAUACGACCUGUCAGACUAAGAACAGAACAAUGAAUAUGGACUCUUUUCUACCCCACUGUCUGAUAUAGAACCUUUUCAGUGUUCCUAUCUCUUCAGUGUUCAGCUGAAUUUGCUAGUUUUCAGUCUUUAAACCAGUGAAAGUCAUGUUGAUACACCAUGUAUUUCUUUUUUUCUGGUUUGCUUCUGCUUCUACUGUUUGUUUGUUUGUUUUAUUUUACUUCUGCUUCUUUUUGUUGGCCUUACAGAUGCUGUUAUUUAGAGGUAUGCCAGAGGAAAAAUAUCUCCCAAGAAAAAAAUAUCAAAGAUGAUGUGAAGCAAUUACUGCUUUCCUUCUGCAUCACCCAGUGUUACUAGAAUUCAUCUGAAAUUGUGAUUACUAUCAGCUUCCUGCUUACUGGGAGAUGUCAGCAGUUGGAAUGGCGUCCUCCUGUUCCUGUCUCCGUCCUAGUGUAUGGCUGCUGAAACGAGGAAUCCAGAAGGCAAGCUCCUUUGGCUUACAUAUGGCAGCCAGGUGUGCUGCCAAGGAUUACUACGAAGUACUUGUGUUGGGUGGAGGUGCUGGUGGAAUCGCCAUGACUGCUCGGAUGAAGAGGAAAGUAGGGGCAGAAAAUGUGGCUGUUGUUGAGCCAAGUAAGACUCAUUACUAUCAGCCACUGUGGACCCUGGUUGGUGGUGGUGCAAAGCAGCUAGAAACUUCUGCGCGUCCAACAGGAAGUGUAAUGCCAGCAGGUGUUGAGUGGAUCCAAUCUCAAGUCACAGCAUUAGAUCCAGAUAAGAACUGUGUCUAUGUGGAGAAUGGCAGCAAGAUAUCUUACAAGUACCUGAUAAUUGCCCUUGGGAUUAGUCUGCAUUACGAAAAGAUCAAAGGCUUGCCUGAAGGUUUUCAUCACCCUAAAAUAGGUUCCAAUUAUUCAGUGCAUACAGUAGAGAAAACAUGGAAAGCUGUACAAGAUUUUAAGGAGGGAAAUGCUAUCUUCACUUUUCCAAACACUCCAGUGAAGUGUGCAGGGGCUCCUCAGAAGAUCAUGUAUUUAUCAGAGGCCUACUGGAGGAAAACAGGAAAACGGUCCAAAGCAAACAUAAUGUUCAACACUUCACUUGGUGUCAUUUUUGGUGUUAAGAAGUAUGCUGAUGCAUUGCUUGAAAUAAUAAAGGAGAGGGAUAUCACUGUUAACUAUAAGCGCAAUCUCAUAGAAGUUCGAGCAGACAAGCAGGAAGCUGUGUUUGAAAACCUGGACAAGCCCGGAGUGACUGAAGUUCAUCAGUAUGAAAUGCUUCAUGUCACACCCCCCAUGGGGCCACCUGAUGUACUCGUCAACAGUUGUGUCUCAGAUGAAGUUGGCUGGGUGGAUGUAGAUAAGGAAACUCUACAACAUAAAAAGUACCCUAAUGUGUUUGGCAUUGGAGACUGCACCAACCUUCCAACUUCCAAAACUGCUGCAGCCGUAGCUGCCCAGUCUGGAGUGCUUGACAGAACUAUUUCCCUGGUAAUGAAGAACCAGUUGCCAACUAAAAAGUAUGAUGGAUAUACUUCCUGCCCGCUAGUAACAGGCUACAACAAGGUCAUUCUAGCAGAAUUUGACUACAACGCUCAGCCAUUGGAGACCUUUCCCCUCGACCAGAGUAAGGAGAGAGUAACCAUGUACCAUAUGAAAGCUGAUAUGAUGCCUUUUCUCUAUUGGAAUGCACUACUCAAGGGAUAUUGGGGAGGACCAGCUCCUAUCAGGAAGCUUAUGCAUCUGGGCUUGAAGUGACUGCUGCCCGGUGAGUCCUUUUAGAAGGGCUGUUCUCACAGCGGAUCAGUACACAGCUUCCCUAAUGGGCCACCUAGUACUGGUUUGUGUUUUCUUAAAUCAAGCUUUUGUCGUAAAGUCACUUCUUCCCUUACUAGGGAUUAAGCCUUCAUAUUCUUUCACUGCUUUUCUAAAUGAACCAAGGCCUUAAACUUCUUCUCUACAUAGACAGGAGUGUGAAGUUGCCUCAAGCUACUGAACACUACUGAAAUUGUCUAGAAACAUCAGUAAUUUUAAAGCUGUUGUGUAUUUAAGAUCUUUUCCAACUUUAAACUGAAUUGUCGUCAUUCAAGAUCAAUGUGUACACUGAAUUUAACAGAAUAAUUCGAUGCUAGUAAAAUGGCCUGAAAACA